AAUUAAGAAACUAGUUUUCAAAAGGUUGUAGACAGGUCACACAGGAGGACAGUUCCACAUAAAGUGACACAUUGUUGACUGUUUGUGUAUUUAAAAUGUUUCAGCUAAUAUUCCACUUUAUUAAAGAGACUGAACUGAACUGAAACCUAUGAAACACACAAGUCUAAGGUAAACUCAGGGUUGUGUGAGCUGUGCAGAAAGCUUUAUUACUUAGGCUGAUGUUUCAGCUCCAGCACCUUGAUAAUUAACAACCAAUCAUAGCCUGACUGUUACAGCUCGCAGGUUAGUCCGUGUCCCUUUAAUUACGGGAGGAAGAACGACUUGAGGGGUGUGUUCAGUGAGUUGACAUCGAGACGGCAGGUAGCCUCAAAGAAACAUGUCCUCUCCAGAGAUCGCCUCGCUCUCCUGGGGCCACAUGAAGGUGAAGGGAUGCUCCUCCACCUACAAGGACUGUAAGGUCUGGCCUGGAGGGAGCCGAGCCUGGGACUGGAGAGAGACUGGGACUGACCAUUACCCUGGAGUACAACCUGCUGACCUAGAUGAGGUGCUGAAGAAGGGAAUCGACCUGCUGGUAAUUGGCAGAGGCAUGAGCGAGGCUCUGCAGGUUCCCCCCUCCACCCUGGACUUUGUGAAGCAGAAAGGCGUUGAUGUAAAAGUCUUCCAGACGGAGAAGGCUGUCGCUGAAUACAACAAACUGGCCGGCCAGGGUGCAAAGGUGGGCGGGGUUUUCCACUCCACCUGCUGAUGUCACCCAUACCUUGCUGACGUGGCCACCUGAGGAGGACUCUACAAGCUUUUUCACUGUAGAGAGAAUAUCCCACUGUGGUGCUGAAGCUUUGAGUUACUGUGAAGAUGCAAACAAGCUGCCGACUAAAUUUUAGUCUCACUUGCAUUUGUGACUUCCUGAUUAUGAAAACACAAUAAUGGGCAUAGACUGAUAGACUCCUGCUUUCUGUUGUGCUACAGGGCUCAUUAGUUUUCCAUGCUUUGCACAUUAGAGAGCACUCUUUCCUUUACAGCCGUGUGCUUCCUGCCUGCCUUAAAAGCCCAAACUCAUCUGCUGAUGAAUUCAGCACAAAAGAAGCCUUCAAACAACAAGAGCCACCGAUAACAGUUGAAACAGAGUUUCUGUAGGUAAACGUGUGGAACGAUUGUUGAUCUUUGCCUGCAGCUGUUUCAUGGUUCAGUCUCUGUCCACAGGCUCAGCAGGAGCCAAUCACAGCACAGAAACUAGGUCCAUUCACACCUGUGGCCAUUUUAAAAUCAGGUGGAGAGACUGGCACAGAGAGAACCUCCAAACUGUGGUUAACACAGUCAAAUCUUUAAGUAAAUAAACAUCUUAAACAAUAGAAUUCACAAAUCGAGUCACUUUCUCUCUCAGAGAAGUUAUUUUAAAGGUGGUGGCCGAAAAGAAUGUAGAGCAUCUUAGAAAGCUCUUCUAGAUUUGACUUUAGAUGCAGUCACAUGUUAUAAAAGCUGAAAUGUAUGGAUGUUACCUGCUGUCUAAACAGGGAGGAGUUCAGUUUGAUUCCUCAUGUGACAAAAUAAAAGUAGAGAAUGAAACUU